CAGCUGUUUUCCAUAUGCUCCCAUCCCUAUUAUGUGGGGAUUUUUGUUUGGCGGUGCUGCGUCUCCCAUAGAAUGCACAAAUAGAACGCAAAUAGUGCUGGCCGUAGGAAAUCCAAAGUGAAUCAUGGCCACGCUAGUGAAGUCCAAAAAGAAGAGCAAGAGGUCUCGCAACGAAGGGCAGAUCCAAAAAGAGGAAGAGGAACAUGCUGAGUUAUCAACAAGUGAAGAACAAAGACCUGCGGAAAAUGUAUCGCUGCUGGAGGAAUUCGAGCGGGUGGCGGCCAUGGCCAGCAGUUCCAGUGGCGAGGCAAUCGUUAGCCACGAGUGCUGCAUCUCCAGCGAUGUGAGGGAAUCGCCGGUGGAGCCGGAAACCGAAACCCUGGAACCCAUAGAAACGACAGCUGAACCCAGUGCCCCAAGUGCCCCGCCCCCGACAACCGUCCACAUUGUUCAGUAUCCCAAUCUGCAGCCCAUGCAGUUGUCCAACAGCCGGGUGGAGGAGCAUUCGGCUAAGAUCGUCUACCGGCAGACGGAGUCUGCCUCCGGUUUCGCCCUGGCCAGGAGUCACAUUAAACCCUUGAGUGUCGAGGAACUCCGACAAAUCUACGAUUGUCCCGACCUGGAAUUGGUUAAACAAUUUGAGCUGGAGUUCCUCAUGAACUCCCUGCUAGAGUCUAGCGAAUCAGAUCCAUUAUAUGCCGCUCUCAUCGAAUACUAUGAACUGCAGGGGAAGAUCACCUCCAAUCUGCACGAUGUGGAGAAGAUUCGCAAAGGCUGCUCGGACUCGCAAAAACAAAUCUGGGCGCGGCAGCCAGUAACGCGAACAUUCAGUGGAACCUGCGGCGAUGGCAAUGUGGUCCAGGAGAGCAUCACAUACGAUCUCAUCAAGGUGGACCCUAUCAAACUAGAACUGGCCCGGACCACUCUGGCUAGUCUUUAUGACCUUGUCUGUCACACUUACACCAACAACCUGAUCACAGCCAAGAUAACCAAAGUUAAGGUGGACCAAAUCAUCAAUGAAAUGCUGGCCUAUCCCAAUGCAGAUGACCAGUCGGCGUUUUCAUUGCAUUACUCGCAAUCUGGGCAGGCUCUGGAGUGUGUUUCGCAACUAAGAAGAGCCAUUUCCAUACUGUUUAGCUUUGUUCGAAGGCCAAGUCCUAAUGCGAAUUUCGACAAGGACCUCAAAGAAUGGCUGCGCAAGCUGAUUGCCCUGCAACUACUGCUGGCCACCCGGGAGGAUCACUGGUUCCUGCUGUUUAACAUCCUGCGCUGUCCCAAUGGCGUGGGCUCCUGGGCCGCCCAAUUUCUGCAGCUGCCUGGGACAACAGCAUUGCGUAGCGGUUCCCAACAGAACGAUUUGCCACUGGACCUAAACUCACCCGAGCUCAACCACUGCAUGGCCGUGCUGCAGAUCCUGCUGAUGCCCGUGAAGAAGCGGAACGAGUAUCUCAAAAGUCAGACCCAGGCGACUCGGGAACUUUCGGGUGCGGCGGGGGUUACGGAUCGCUGGAUAGUGGUGGAUUCCGAUGGCGAGGAUUCGCACACACCCACUGGAGAAUGCAUAGGACUAAAGGAAAGCGACCUUAUCGCACUGCUCAACCAGUUGCCCUUCGAAAAGAUCUUUAUAUCUGCCAUGCGCAUUGAAAAGUUUCUGGACGACUACAUUAUCGAGCCAGAUAUGAUCACGGCGCAGCAAAUGCUCGCCUUAGUGGUGUUCUUUUCCCAGCUAGUUAAAACAAUGGGCGAGGGGUUGCUAACCUACAACAACGAGCGGUACAAGCAACUGGCCAAACGUCUCGGACGUUUGGUCCGUCAUACCCUGCAAUAUGUCUUUGAUUACCACGAAUUGUUUAUAAACAACAACCUGGCCAAGUCCUCGGAGAUGUACGAGCGCAUCCAAGUGGAGCUCCAAGCACUGCUCGUUCGCUCCUGCGGCUACAUCUACCGCACACGGAAUCUAGGCACCUGGCAGUACUUUUCCACUCUGCCCUUUGGCACCUUGGAUGCGGAGGUGAUCUGGCACUUGUUCUACUACUUAAAUGUGGGCUUUCCCAUGGAUUUGGCCAAUGAUUUGGUGAGCAAUGCAGAGGCUGCCUUUCAGGCGGAAGACUUCUGGCGCAAAUUCGAUCUGGCGAAUGCGGAUGUGGCUCCUGAAGACAUGUACUACCUGCUGCAGACCUUCUUUGAGAUGGCCAACGAUCGAAAUCGCUCUAAGGACGGAAGCCUCGUCAAGGCCAUCUGCCUACAUAUCUUCCACAUCGGAUACAUACACCAAUCAACGAGGGAGAUUUGCUAUAAAACAGCACGUGAUAUGCUGGCCAACUUGAUGGAUGAGGAUCUGUUUGGUUGCCUGUUGGUUCUGCUAAAGAUGCGUUACGGUGAAGUUGAUCAAGCGGCGUAUCUUUUCAAAGCUUUGCCCCUGGAGAACUGGCACCCCACCAUGGAAAGCUUUGAGGUGCUCUCGAACUGGCUCCUCCACUUUGACUACCAAUCUUCGGAGAGUCAUUUGGCGCGCUUGAUCAUCAGUCACUUGAACUGGGGACUGGACUGCGAGGGACGGCUCUUCCUGCCCCACAAUAUUCAUGUGAGAAUGGCCCAUCUGGUGAAUGAGGCUCUGAACAAGUACGCUCCCGAGGUAAUUGGAGCCUCCGGCAUUUCUGAAAGCGUGCGUCAGGUUUCCUCACUGAUUGAUUCCACACAAUCGAGUCGGGAGCAGUUCACCAACUGGUGCUGGCGCAUGGUCUCCGUCCUCCGUCUGCAUCUGAUGGAUCAAGGGGUAGAGUCCGUGAAGCGCACGCUUCAGCAUCCCACGGAACCACUACUAUUUAUUCCCGAACUGGACCGAAUGGAGAUGAUCUUUCAGGGCGUAAACGAGAAUCGCCCGCUGGCUCUGUAUGUGGGCAUGCUGGUCAGCCUGCAUGGCCACUCCAUUCCGCUGAUCUGCCAGCACGGAUUCAACCUUUUGCAGCAGCUGCUUCUGGAUCACCGGCAUGCGGCCACCAUUCGCUGCUUGGAGUUGAUCGUUCCGCUGUUCCUGGAAACUCCAGAAACUCUUGCUAAUUGUGAAAGUUUUCAGAAACUGUUAAUUACUCUUCUAAAUGCGGACAGAACUUAUUUGAAACUGGCUAAGGACAUGGUCUAUGCCAAUUCGAUUGGCCCUAUUCUAGAACUGCUGGACAACAUGCUUCAUCAUCAGAUUGUUUCGUAUACAAGCUAUGGUCUUUGCUCACCGCUUAAUCUUCUCAACAUCUGGCUCAAUUGCUUUACCACAUUGCCAGGUUGGUCUCAGAAUUCGAAUCUUUUGUAUCUGCUCGACAGAAUGCUGCGUAUUUCCUACCAGUUUCCCGACUGUCGUGCUCAGGCUGUAGAAUUUUUCUACAAUUACUAUAAGGACUGCACAGAUUGGAAGUCAGCUCCUAAGGGAUCAGCUCUGAAAGCUUUUUUCGGCGGUCAGUCGCCUUCGCGAAUACCUUUGAUCUCGCCGCAAAACUGUUGGCUAAAUUUGGUGCUGCUGGAGAUUGAGUUCCGUAUGGUGGAUACCCGCAUCUUUCCGGAGCUUUUGCGCCAAGUUUCCGCUCAGCCCGUGGAGGCGGCUCUCAAGAAGACCUUCUCGUUGAGCAAAACCAGUGCCUUUCCCGCCAGCCAACUGGUGAUAUUCAAGUACGCUCAACUGCUGGCCAGCAUGGAGAGCAAUCAUGCUUUGUUUCCCAUCGUCUGUCAGAAGUUUUUUGAGCUUUAUCUCUGGCGAGUGCCCACUGAAAACGAAUCGCUUAACUUUAGUCACAACUUUGGCGUUUCCGACAAGUUCUACGAACACAAUGUGCCUUUGAUGAAGAGUAUUAAGUCGCAGCUCAAGUCUGCAGAGUCGUACUACUCCGCGCUGGCGACCAAAAGCGCCAGUGACGAUGCCAUGGCCCAUUUCUAUCGCAGCUGCUGCAAGCUGAUGCAGAACUGUGCGCUCUGGCUGGAGGAUACCCAAAUUAAUCGCUUCACCAGCGACGCGGAGCAGCUACCUGCGCAGUUUAACUCUGAGAAACUGCGUGAGCUGUUGAGUGGUCAUGUCAACCACUGGACGGAGUUCAUCUGCCUGGCGACACUGCGCAAGGAGCAGCGCCAUCAGGCGGAUCAGUGGGGACGAAAAGUGAUGCGAUUGCCCAACCAGAAGUCACCCAGAACUCCAGUGCAACCGAAGCCGCGACAGCCACCUGCUCAACACAUAAAGAGUCUGCUGACUACCUACGAGAAGGUUGUUCCGGUUCCAACCCAUGUUCGUGUAGAACCCAUCCAGACGCCACCCGUCGAUGGAAACAUUAUGACGCAGCUUAAGAAGCCCUUGAACACGUUCAACUCAACGGCCAACAACUACCAUUACAAGACGUCCGAGCUGAACUCCCUGAACCUCAACUAUUUGGAGAGUGUGCCGGCUCUUUACCAGAUGGUUCCCUACGAGGAGAAAAGGCGAAAGGAGUGCACAUCCUUGCUCUUCAAGCGAAACUGUACGGCGCCAGCCAAUAUCACUUUGACGCCAGAGCAUAUACGAAUCAACGAUGCUAUAUCCCGUAAGCAAACGCAGAAUCGCGAACGACAUGACAAAAUUGUAGAGGAUCUACUGUUGGCAAUGAAUGUGGAUAGCUUUGCCCAAGCAAUUGAGGAGUUUGGUGUCUGCAUCGGUGCCCUUCUCGUUGCCCCAAUGGAGUCGAGAGUCACGCAAAUUGGAGUGCAGGUGUUCUACCAUCUGGUGGAGAACCUUAACGAGGUGACCAUGAAGUUUCAGGCAACACAUGACCUGUAUAUUGAGGUGCUAGAGAAGCUAGGGGUUUUUCUGCAAGCAGAUCAGGCUGCCCAGGGCUUGGUUGUUCUUCGCCUGGCCCUCAAGCGACCCGAUCUCUUGGAGCUACUAGCCGGUGUCUUUGUGCCCAGUCGCACGGACGUGGAGCACUUCUUGCCCAUGUACGAGUUCCUCAUUGACUCCCAUCUCAAGCGCUGCGACACACAGACUCUAUUUGUGCUAUUCUCCAAGUUCGACCUGUUGGCUUGGAUGGAGGCCUACCAGCCGAAGCUGAGUGAGAUCAAUCGCCUGCUUAUGCUGGUACUGCAGGGACUGGAGGCGUGGUCCCAGUCGGAUAGCAGUCUUCUGCAGGAUCAGUUCCGUCGCCAUCUGGUCCACAUCUUCGGCUACGACUUUCCGCAGCACUAUGGCGAGGUGAUGCAGCUGGUUCUGGACCGCACUUCGGACCAGAAGCUGAUGCCAGUAGUGCUUUUGGAUCUGCUAAAUGCCUUGUUCGUUCGAUCAAAUUGUCCAGAGAUUUCUGUGAAGCACAACGAGGUGCGCGUGCAUGAGAUCUCCUUGGACUUUGCCCGUCGCCAGAAACUAUUCACCCUGAAGGCGGCCACGGACACGCUUUUGCUCUUGUCCCGGCACUUUCAAAAGGAGCGUCUCCAUCACGGGCUGCAUGGAUUGUAUCCCAAGCACAAAGACUACUGCCAGCCUCUGGUUCUGUGGUUCACCUGCUUUGGUCACACCCUGCUGGCCUCGGCCAUUUGCAGCUACCAAGAGCUUUUAGCCGAUCAGAUUAGCGACAUUGUCUUCGGAUCCAUUGUGGAGACCUACGGGCCGUGGCUUAUACCCUACACCGAGCAGACGGUUAGUGGCGUGGCCCACUGGAUCCGCCAACUGACACCCGGUCAGAGCAAAGUGCUCUUGCCAUGGAGCGAGCAGCAGGUUGGCAGCAGCAAACUCAUGAUCCGUUCCUUCGUGGCCACCAUACUGCAAGUGCUGCAGUAUCUGCCAUCGUCGAACAAGAUUCUGGAGCACGUGUUUGCCUGGUAUGUGCACCACUUCGCCCAACCGAACAUAGCUGGCCACGUGCUGGGCCCCAUUCACGAGGGAAUGGCCCAAUUGCCCUGGGAACGUUUCCUGCCGCCGACACAGCACGUGGACCUGCUUUACGAUAGCCUUCAACGGUUCCUGCCGGAAUCGCACGCCAUGCUGGGGCACAUAUUCAUUCGGAUUGACUGGAGCAACUGGUUUGCCCAGAUGCCCCAACCGGUGGCCAUUCUCUCUCGGCUCUUCGGCAUCUUCGUGAAGAUCGCCUUCGAACCGAACAUUCACAUACAUCCGAAUACCAGCAAAAUCCUAGAGGACGCCAUCCAGUAUCCGUGGCACCUGGUGGAGUACAGCGAGCUGGAGCAGCUGCUAAAGUGGUUCGUGGCCAGCGUGGAGCCAGCCAUUGCACUGAAGUUGCCAGCCGAGACCAACUAUGCAGAUCGCGCUGUCUUGGAACUUCUUCGCUUGGCGUGUGCCAUGUCGCCGGAACGAUCGGCCCAGGAAGCCGUCGUCCUGGGCACGGCCAAGCGAAUGCUCUACACCCGCUCCAUGGUCCGCAUGCAGCGGGCCUGUGGAGCCAAGCACAAGAAGCUCCUGGCCACAAAGGAUGGCGAGCGGGCCUUUACUGACGCCUUCCUGGAGCUGCUGAACAGCAUCGACCGGGCCAUCAGCAGCUGCAGUGAGCAUCGUACGCCGGAGGAGCAGCGCAGGGAGGCCCUCAACCUCAUGCUGGAGUUGGUGGCGCCCACCCAGACGCAGAGCCAGGAAGUGUCCAAUAUACAUAUUAAGGCUCUUAUUUGGUGGCAGCAGCGAUGUGCACCGGGCAACCUGGUUAUGUGCGCCACCCUGCCCGCCAUCGGCCACCUGAACACGUACAUUGCUAGCAUUUAUUCGCUACUGGAGGCGAGCAUAGAAAACUACUUUCGCACCUCGCCCGAGAGUGCUCCGUGGCACGCGCCCAGCUGGCAGGGCUUAAUGGAGGCGCUUAGCAUGUCGCUGCCCAAAUUGGACCUUAUGCCGAUCAUGCAGGGUGCCUACCUAUUUUCGCUGCACGUUUUCGUGGUCUACAAGAUGGAGGAGAUCGCCAUGGACGGGGACAAGGUGACCUUUGUGCAGGAUCUCAGCCAGCUGCUGGAGAAUCUGAAGACAAGUCCACUGACUGAGCCACGAAUGGCUCUCGUCUGGGGCGUGAUUAUUGCCCGUGGCUGCCAGAUACUGCCGAGCAACCAGCUGGUGAAAAAACCACUCCACAUGCUGGCCAGGCACCUGCAGAUUGCAUCAACAAAAGCCGAGGGGUGGGGCGAUGGGUUGCUGGGUGCGAUUGGUCUUAAGUCGGAGGUGAUAACAAACAGACGUAAAGUAUUAACACGUUGCUUGGCCUGCGUCAUCUUCUCACUGUUCCCGGCCAAUCGGGAUCUCCGUAUACCGUCAGAGGAGUACGAAAGCGCAAUCCGCGAGCUCUCCAUGCUGCUGGCCAACAAGAAGUUCACCGAUAUCAAGCCCCUGAUCGUUCGGGCCGUAAGCCUGCUCAAGGAAAGCACCUUUCCCGACAUCCAGGCCGUUCCACACAUGGUCUGUCGGUUGAUCAGCAUCUUCUACGAGCAAAGCUAUCUGACGACCAUUCCAGAGAUCUGGGACUGUGACUUCAAACUGAUCGCAACAUAGCUUACCGACCAAGCAAACGAUUCUAAAAAUCUUUACAGCCAGUUGUGUUAUUUUCCAGGUGUUAUAUAUCAUCUAACUAGGUUAAGGGUAAAUAAAGUGAUGAAUUUUGUGCAA